CGUCCAGGACACGCCUGCUGCUGCUGUCCCUUUAAGAUGAGGCAGUGAGAGGAGCUGGAGCAGCAGAGAGCUCAGUACCUGAGAGGAUCUCACAGAGAGCAGCCAGAGAGGCUCCAAGAAAGUCUCUGCUCGUCCCUCUGACUGCCCCUUGGUCGACUUCACAUCCGCCGACCAGAUCGCACCAACUUUCGUCGCUGAGGUCUGAUCGCAAACGUCUCGGCUCCUGACUUCCUCUCUGUAGUCGGCGCGAGACGAUUCGACAAUACAAACCAAGCAGUCCAGCCUGUGGUGCGGAGCGGCGGCGGUAGGCAUGAUCCUCCUGCUGACUGGGAUUAUUUGUUUACUGGUUUUUGCUACUAGUAAUACUAUAAAGAACCAGGAGAAGACUGGGGAGCGCUUUGUGUGCACUGCCCUCCCCCCUGAUGCCACCCCAGGGUGCCCCAUGCCAGGCUUCACCGGGUCCCCAGAAGAGGAGCUGAGAACUACUGUCAUUCAGCUCCGGGAAACCGUCCUGCAACAGAAGGAGACCAUAGGCAACCAAAAGGAAACCAUCAGGGAGCUGACUGCCAAGUUAACCCGCUGUGAGAGCCUGGCAGAGGAUGGCAAGCAUGGCUCCUGGAAAAAACUAUCCGGCAAAGCGGGAGGAAAAGACACCAUGGGGGAUCUGCCCCGGGACCCCGGUCAGGUCAUCGACCAGCUGGGCCGCACCAUGCAGACUCUGAAGGACAGGCUGGAGAACCUGGAGUAUCAGUUGCGAUCCAAUGUGUCGUAUUCGGCUCUGCCGAGUGACCUCCGAGAGAUGCUCCAGAGGAGGCUGGGGGACCUGGAGCAUCAGCUUUUAAACAAAGUGGCAGAACUUGAAGAUGAAAAGUCGUUGCUUCAUAAUGAGAGCGCAGCGCACAGGCACAGGACCGAGUCCGCGCUCUCUGCUCUCCUGGAAAGAGUCAGCGAGCUGGAGAAAGUUCUUCUUCUGGCAAUCCGAGGUUAUGCUGAGGAUUGCAACCAAGGGACUAUCCUGAAGCAAGGUCCAGACCUCCUUCCAGAGUUUAAGGUCUCCAUGAUUGUGUCUGGAACCUCUGGAAUUGUUGACUACUUAAAACAUGUCUACUGUCAGAUAACUAAGAAGUUAAACAUCCCCCAAGUACUUACCCCCAGGAACAACAUAGAGAAUAUGUCCUCCAGAUACAUCAAGUUGAUGUUAGGUAGACGAUGUGGGUCUUCCUGCUAUUACACAUCACAGCCGGGAGCCGGGAAGAAGAUGAAGAACAUUUCUGGAAAGUAUUCUCCCACAACAAACAUUUCUAUGGAGUAUAGAAAAGGCAGAGAAGAAGUGAUGGUACCCAAGGGUAGGCUGAACAAAGGGUUCCCCACUGCUGAUAACCUCAUCUGUAUUCUUGCGGGGACCUUUGUAGCAAGUUCUCCUGUAGCACCUCCACAGUGGAAAUGA